AUGGGAGGCCGGGCGUGGGCACCCCGAUAUUGUCAGCGGUGGCUAAAAUUGGCCUUCGGCAAGCAGAACAAAAUCAAACCGACAGCUCCGAGUUGUGAGACCCUGCUGGUGGUCCCUGAAAAAUCCAAGAAACACCGAGUCGUUAUACCUUGGUCGACCCAUUUUCAAGACGAGUAUAAAAAAGUCACCAACCUUUACGUGAACAACAAAAUACGGACGACCAAAUACCGGUUUUGGUCCUUUAUACCUAGGAAUCUCUUCGAACAGUUUCACAGAGUCGCCAAUCUGUACUUCUUAUUUAUCGUCCUGCUCAACUGGGUCCCAGCGGUGGAAGCCUUUAGAAAAGAAGUCACCAUGAUUCCCCUCUGCGUGGUUCUCACCAUUAUCGCCGUGAAAGAUGGCUUGGAGGAUUACACGAAGUACAAACUAGACAAAAAGAUAAACAACUUCACCACCAGAGCGUAUUGUAGAAGAGAGAGAGACUACGUGGAUAAGUUUUGGAGCAAUGUGGCCGUGGGGGAUUUCAUCCGACUGGAGUGCAACGAAGAGAUUCCCGCCGACAUGAUCCUGAUCUAUUCUAGCGACGGGGAUGGGAUCUGCCACAUCGAGACCUCGAGCCUGGAUGGAGAGACCAACCUGAAGCAGAGACAGGUGGUGAAGGGCUUCGCCGAACAGGCCUAUGAAAUCAAUCCAGAAGAAAUUAUAUGCAGAAUAGAAUGCGAGACUCCUAACAACGACCUUAAUUCAUUCCGGGGCUUCAUUGAGAACGUGGACCAGGAGCGAGUGGGCUUAAACAAGGACAACCUGCUGAUGCGAGGGUGCGUUAUCAGGAACACGGAAGCUGUGGUUGGCAUUGUGGUGUAUGCAGGUCAUGAAACAAAAGCCAUGUUAAACACGAUGGGAGCGCGGUACAAGCGAAGUAAACUAGAGAAGAGAAUGAACAGGGACAUCCUUUGGUGUGUGUUGCUACUCAUAAUGAUGUGCUUCAUAGGGGCGAUCGGGCACCGACGUUGGCUAAGUGCCAAUCCGACACCCCCUCUCUACACAAGCGGGAAAGAAUUACCUGCAGAACUGGGAGGUUUUCUAAUGUUUUGGACAAUGAUAAUUUUAUUGCAGGUCUUAAUCCCGAUUUCUCUUUACGUCUCCAUUGAAUUCGUCAAACUGGGGCACAUCUUUUUAAUCAGAAACGAUAUCGAUUUAUACGACGAAGUGUCCGACCGAAAGAUCCAGUGUGGAUCCCUGAAUAUCGCAGAAGAUCUGGGACAGAUUGAAUAUAUUUUCUCGGAUAAAACGGGUACGCUAACCGAGAAUAAAAUGGUGUUUCGGAGAUGCAGCAUCGGAGGAUUGGAAUAUGGCCAUGAGGAAAAUGCCAAGAGACUAGAAACGUAUCAAGAUUACGACGAAGAGGAAGACGAGGCAGGCUACCUCUCGUCGCAUUCUUCGCUGAGGCAUGCGGCCAGGGCAAGGUUCUUCAGUCGCAAAUCCAGCGAAUUUUUUAACUCCCGCAUUUUCCACACUUCCAGCAGCAUCGGCUGUGUUGGCUGGAGACAACUGGCUUUCAGUAGCCCUCUCGAAACGGGUGUUGUGCCCGAUAUGCGACUGGUGAGGAAAGUUAACCGGAUCUCAUCCAAAGGAUAUUCAAACCCAGACAAACAGAAGCCAAUCCCGGAAUUAAUGUAUAUCACGGAAUUCUUCAUUGCCCUGGCAAUUUGCAACACGGUGGUCGUGUCUGAACCUGAUCAACCACGACUUAAGAGACGGUGGUCUUCUAUGGUCAAAAUGCCCGCUUUAAAUCUGGGAGAAUUUAAAAAUAUAUUCCAAAGGUUGUCAAGUCGCAAAAUGAGCACUCAAAGCCCAGAUUCCUCCGCGGGACGUAAAGAGAAACCCGAGAAAUCCAGAAGGCUGUCUGUUCACGUGAAAUUCCCGUCUACUCCAGCGCAGCUCUCCGACAGUCUGGAAACGCCAACCGCCUCCCCCAGCCCCCAAUUGCCAGAUAUUUUAAGGUUACCCGAGAACCGGCCACACAGAUUGUCGUACGAGUCGUUAAACAACCCCCUGUCCGAGAUAUGUUACGAAGCGGAAAGUCCCGACGAAGCGGCCUUGGUUCACGCGGCCAGGGCGUACCAAUGCACCUUGAAAACUAGAAGUCCCGAGCAGGUGCAGAUCGACUUUGCGCCUUUGGGAACGUUAACGUUUCAGCUUCUGCACAUCUUACCUUUCGACUCCACCCGGAAACGCAUGUCGGUGGUUGUGAAACACCCCUUGUUCAACCAGGUCGUGGUGUACACCAAAGGAGCCGACACCACCAUUAUGAAUUUGCUGGAUGUGGGAUUAACAGAUAAAACAGUGCCACCAAAAAAGACAGUCGAAGAUCGAACCCAGAGGCAUUUAAAUGAUUAUGCCAGGCAAGGGCUUCGUACCCUUUGCAUCUCUAUGAAGGUGCUGAGCGACAAGGAAUAUGAAGAGUGGCUGAAAGGACAAUACUUAGCUGAAAGCAGCAUAGAAAACAGAGAACAGCUCCUGCUGGAGUCAGCGGAGAGGCUCGAGAAUAAAUUAACCCUGCUAGGGGCCACUGGAAUCGAGGACCGAUUGCAAGAAGGGGUUCCAGAAACCAUAGAGGCUCUCCGGAAAGCGGGAAUUAACGUUUGGAUGCUCACAGGCGAUAAAAAAGAGACGGCCAUCAAUAUUGCCUAUUCCUGCAAAUUACUGGAUGCAUCAGACAGACUUUUCUCCCUCGACAGCGAAGAUUUGGAGACCUGUGCGCAGAAGGUGAAAAGCAUUUUGGAAGAGAUCGAGAUGAAAACUCGUACCCCAAAGCCCGGCAACCUCCCGGGAACAGUGACUUCCGCCAGAAAUUUUGCCUUAAUCAUAAACGGCCCCACUUUGGAAUUCGCUUUGCACAAAAAAGUCCGAAACACUUUCAUGCAACUUGCAAGGAAAGUCCGAGCGGUCAUCUGUUGCCGAGCCACACCGCUGCAGAAAAGCAAAAUGGUGAAACAAGCCCAGAACGAGCUCCAAGUGAUGACCUUGGCUGUCGGUGACGGGGCCAACGAUGUGAGCAUGAUUCAAGUGGCAAACAUUGGAGUCGGCAUUUCUGGACAAGAAGGCAUGCAGGCCGUCUUAGCCAGCGACUUCGCCAUUUCCCAAUUCCGUCACCUCCGGAAGCUGCUGUUUGUUCACGGGCACUGGUGUUACACCCGCCUGGCUAACAUGAUCCUCUACUUUUUUUACAAGAAUUUGGCAUACGUCAAUCUCCUGUUCUGGUAUCAAUUCUUUUGUGGGUUUUCAGGAACUCCCAUGAUCGAUUAUUGGAGCCUGAUUUUCUUCAACCUUCUCUUCACUUCGGUGCCACCCGUCAUAUACGGGGUUUUAGAUAAAGACGUUUCUGCAGAAACUCUCAUGAGGCAUCCAGAACUUUACAAAGCGAGUCAGAAAAACGAGCCCUACUUGGGAAUAGCCUUUGCAAUGAACUUGGUGGAUGCAUUUUACCAAAGUCUGGUUUGCUUUUUUAUCUGUUACUUUACCUUGCAAGAUUCUGAUGUCGACAUCUAUUCUUUUGGAAAUCGUAUGAACACUAUCAUGUUUUUUAUAAUAUUACUGCAUCUUCUGAUUGAAAGUAAAAAUGUGACGAUUAUACAUUUCUCUGUUUUCGCUGGGAGCAUCUUUCUAUAUUUCUUCGUUCUUGGGCUUUUGGGAGCUUUUUGUGUCCUCUGUAACCCACCAGCAAAUCCAUACUGGAUUAUCCAAAAGCAACUGACGAAUCCGAUGUUUUAUCUGGACUUCACGAUCGCAAUUACCCUGGCUUUGCUUCCAAGGUUCCUGUUCCGGGUCAUCGAGACCACCGUGUUCCCAAGUCCACUAUUACAAGCCAGAAUUCGUGAAUGUCGGAGCCAUGCACGAAAAAAAAGUGGAGAGCAAACACACAGCAAGUUUAGAAAAAAAUGAA